AUGGCCGCAAUGGGGAAGAGUCCUGCGACCCGGAGGGAAACCCUUCUCUCGCGCCGCUACAUCGAGGGCCUUAUCGCAGAUGGGAAACAGAUCAUCAUCUUCGACGAUCGUGUCCUGAAAGUCGACGCUUGGAUUCCCUAUCACCCCGGAGGUGAUAAAUCCAUCAGACACAUGGUCGGAAAGGAUGCAACGGAUGAGAUCAAUGCAUUACACUCCAAGGAAGCGCGUCAACGCAUGCUAUCGUUCCAGAUCGGCCGCAUCCAGGGUCCAUGGUUAAACUUCCUGCCUCCGUUCCAGGGCGGGAAGUUCCGUCCCUACACCGAAGAUUGCGUCUCCGAUGACGAGAGUUCAGGCCAGGAGAGUUCCGGACAGGAAACGUCACAGCCUCCGUCCCCGAUCUUCGACGCAGUAGAUUCGACUGCGUCUCUUCGCCAGCGAAAGGCCCCCCACGCCGAAACCCCGGAUUCAGCUGCACCGCUGGAAGACGAGUCCAAACCCAAACCCUUCUUUCUCGAUGCGCGCACCCGGGAAGAAAUCAUCUUUGAUACUGCCAAAUAUCCCUCCCUCGACGCAGCAAAUCAAGACAAAAUUCGGCAGCGAUACCGUCAAUUAGACCAACAGAUUCGGGCGGAGGGUUUGUACGAUUGCCGCUACUUCUCAUACUUCAUCGAAUGUUGCCGGUAUACACUGUUCGCGGGCCUGUCAUACUACUUCCUCCAUCUAGGGUGGUAUGGAACGUCUGGGUUCUUCUUGGGAUGCUUCUGGCACCAGCUUGUCUUUACCGCCCAUGAUGCUGGCCACAUGGGUAUAACGCAUAACUUUCACUUCGAUUCGGUGAUUGGUAUUAUUAUCGCCGACUAUCUGGGAGGAUUGAGUCUCGGGUGGUGGAAACGGAGCCAUAACGUUCAUCAUAUCGUGACCAACGCCCCCGAGCAUGAUCCAGACAUUGAGCAUAUGCCGUUCUUUGCUAUUUCCCACCGGUUCCUCACCAGUCUGCGCAGUACAUACUAUGACCGCGUGAUGACCUUCGACGCUGUAGCCAAGUUCAUGCUGCGCUUCCAGAACUAUCUCUACUACCCUAUCCUACUCUUUGGGCGAUUCAACCUGUACCGUCUAAGCUGGGAAUAUCUAUUCAUGGGCCAAGCGCCGAAGAAGGGUCCUGCCUGGUGGCAUCGCUGGUUCGAGAUCGGCGGGCAGGUCUUCUUCUGGUAUUGGUUCGGCUACGGUGUGAUGUACUGCACCAUCCCCGACUGGAAGAGCCGGUUGACCUUCCUCAUGAUCUCGCACAUGGUCACCUCGCCCCUCCACGUGCAGAUCACCCUCUCCCAUUUCGCCAUGUCCACAUCCGACAUGGGGGUCACCGAAUCCUUCCCGCAGAGAAUGCUGCGCACCACCAUGGACGUAGACUGCCCGACUUGGCUCGACUGGUUCCACGGCGGCCUGCAAUUCCAAGCCAUCCACCACCUGUACCCGCGCAUUCCCCGCCACAACCUGCGCCGCACGCAACGGCUGGUUCUGGAUUUCUGUCGCGACACCGGUAUCCCCUACACCAUCUUCACCUUCUACGAUGGCAACAAGGAGGUCAUCGGCAAGCUCGGCGAUGUGGCCAAGCAAGUCCGCAUUCUGGAGGAAUGUCGAAAGUCGUGCGCCCAGCAGGGGGUCUUCUCGGAUCACCAUUAG